AAAGGAAACAAGUGUGCCUAAUUUUAAGAUCAUGAUGGCAUCGACCUUCCUCCAAAAUUGACUACUGCACACUACUCUUAGAACCUCUUGAAAAUUCCUCCAUGAUAUUUGUUCUUCUUCUAAAAACCACUAUAUAUAUAUACACAUCUACACGUGUGAGUGUAUAUAUAUGUUCAUAAUCACGCGCCAAAAACCGUCGAUCUUAGCAUCACCGGGAAAUGACGUCAUCGCCGCUGCCGCCGCCUCACGGGUCGACGGUUUUCUACUGGCAUGAGACGGAGUACGACGACCGGAACUUCCAGAUCCACGGCAGGACCCUCUUCUACGCCGUCGUCGUCUUCUCCACCGCCCUCCUCCUAGUUUUCCUCUCCCUCUACAUCCGUCGGAUCUGCCUCCUCCGCCUGCCCCAUUCCCACGCGCCACCGCAGCUCCCCCUCACGCGCUUCGUCUCCGAUGGUGGUGGAGGGCUAGAUCCGGCGGUGAUCCGGAGCUUGCCGGUGGUUCUGUGUAGGAGAGAAGCCGGUGCGGCGGCGGGGGCGGAGGCGGCGACGGUGGCUGAGGAGAGUGAGUGUUGCAUAUGUCUCGGUGGAUUCGAGGAUGGGGAUAAGGUGAAGGUGUUGCCACAGUGUCGACAUUGUUAUCACUGCGAGUGCGUGGAUAGGUGGCUGAGGAGCGAGUCGAGUUGUCCGAUAUGUCGAGUCUCUGUCCGGGUCGACUCGUCCGUGUCUAUUGCCACGUAACGAUACACAAAACGACGGCGUCGCGAGUAUGACGCUUUUGUUCUGUUCAUGCAAAGAGCGUGGUAGUGGAAUCUUUGUUCACUUUUUCGCCCCCAAAUUUUUAUAGAAUUCUUCUGUUGUAUUUUAGUCCGAGAAGAUAUUUAUUGAUACAAGAAUGAAUGAAUGAAUGAAUGGUUAUACGGUUUCAUU